AUGCGGUGCGGGUGUAUGGGUGCACUAGCGCUUUUGGCAUGCGUCGCAAGUUUUGUUGUAGCGCAGCCUCUAGUGCAACAGCCUUAUACAUCCCCAUCUUUUAUCCACACGGUAGACGAUAAUUUGAAACAUGUGCGUGCGCUUUCGUCCUGGGACAAGCGUGUGCUGGAGCGCGUCUUGAGUCAAAAAUGGCUGCAAGGCAAAGUCGAGAGCCUCGCUCGCAGACUCACUGCCAACACCAAUGUCAGAGCUUUCCAACACAGCUGGCCCCAAAGCUCGAUCAUUUUACAUAUAAAGGGCACCAAUUCCACACUCACACGCGAGCGUGGGAUCACGAUUCUUGGCGCACAUCAGGACAGCGUAAAUUUCCUACCGGUGUUUGCUGCGCCCGGCGCAGACGAUGAUGGUAGUGGCACUGUGACGCUUCUGGAGAUACUUCGCGCUCUCGGAAAGGCUGGCUGGGCGCCAGAAUCUGACGUUGAGUUCCAUUGGUACUCAGCAGAAGAGGGCGGUCUUCUGGGCAGUCAAGCUGUGACUGAUGAAUACAUUCGACAGGGCGUGCGUGUCAAUGCAGUGUUGCAAAUGGAUAUGACUGCUUUUGUAAAAGAAGGGACAAGGGAAAGAAUUGGACUGGCGGAUGAUUUUGUAUCGCCUUCUCUUACUUCAUGCAUCGAACGAAUUGCGAGUCACUACCUACAUAUACCCGUGGCACGCACGUUGCUUGAAUACGGAGCGAGCGAUCACGCGAGCUGGACACGCGUAGGUCAACCAAGCGCUUUUGUCAUUGAAGCUCCUUUUGAAGACUGCAACUUGCAGCGGAUUCAUACUUCUCGUGAUAUUUAUGACGCGUCUGGAUUUUCAUUCCCACACUUGCUCCAAUUCGUGCGUCUAGGCAUGGCGUAUCUCGUUGAGUUGGCGGACUGGGUGCCACAAUCGUAG